CGGACACAGGAAGUGACGACAGCAGCGGCCGUUUCACCUUUCAUUUAAACCCGGAACAAACGGCUGCUCAGUGUUUUUAUCAGGACUGUAAAUAAAGAGUGGACACGCAGGAAACGAGGAGGCAGAAAAACAGAUUGAGGGACUCUGAGGAUCACCUGCCGGCAUCUGGAAGCAGACAUGAAGCCGAACAGGAGGGCACGACGUUAGCCUCUGUUUUAUUUUUUUAUUUUAUUUUUAACGGCUGUCUUUUUUUAUUUAAAAAGCUGUUAUUUUGUUUUUUUAAAAUUGCUCCAAGUUACAAUGAAGAGCUCCGUCUGUACCAGCGGCAGGAGGAGGAGCGGGAGCAGCGGGGCGACCGGGCUGCUGUACCCGCUGCUCGGUGCGUGUCUCUGGGCUGCGGUGGUCGGGUACAAGCCGGUGAUCAUAGUUCACGGUUUGUUCGACAGCCCAGAGGUUUUUAAAAACUUACAGCGGUUCAUCAAUGAGUCUCAUCCUGGAACAAACGUGACGGUCAUCGACUUGUUUGACAGAAGCGCCAGCCUGGAGCCCAUGUGGAAGCAGGUGGAGGGCUUCAAGUCGGCUAUUUACCCCAUCAUGCAAAAUGCAGCCGACGGAGUUCACUUCAUCUGCUACUCUCAAGGUGGGUUGGUCUGCAGAGGAAUCCUCUCCACUCUGUCCGACCACAACGUCCACUCCUUCAUCUCUCUGUCGUCGCCUCAGGCCGGCCAGUACGGAGAUACAGACUACCUGAAGUACCUCUUCCCUACGUGUGUGAAGGACAACCUUUACCACUUCUGCUACACAGCUGUGGGUCAGUGGAUCUCCAUCUGCAACUACUGGAACGACCCUCACCACAGAGACCGGUACCUGCAAAGCAGCGACUAUCUGGCUUUGCUCAACAGCGAGAGACCAAAUCCAAACUCAACAGAGUGGAAGAAGAACUUCCUGAAAAUCCAGAAGUUGGUGCUGAUCGGAGGUCCAGACGAUGGAGUCAUCACUCCAUGGCAGUCGAGUCAGUUUGGUUUCUAUGACGACAACGAGACGGUUGUAGAGAUGGAGCACCAAGACUUCUAUCUUCGAGACGUGUUCGGUCUGAAGACGCUGGCGGCUCGAGGAGAUCUGAUCAUCUGCACCGUUCCCGGCGUCGAACACGUCUGGUGGCACUCCAACGAGACGGUGUUCCACACAUGUAUGGAGAAGUGGCUGGUCUAGAACCACACUCUCCCUCCGCACACACACACACACACACACACACACACACACACACACACACACUUCAUAUACACACUCUACAGUUUGUAAGCUUCUAGCCUCCCAAACGUGUUAAGUUUCACCUCUGCGACCGCCGUGGAGGAGAAUCACAGAGGACGUAAACUCAGCUUUACUUUCUGUUGAGGUUUUCGUUGUUGUAGCUUCAUUUUUGUCUUUUUAGGUCACUUUUAAAAUGGUAGAUUGACAUUUUGGGAAAUAAGUUUUGGGUCUCUGCUCUCAUUCCUGCACAGUAAAGAUGAAUCCACUCAGCUCUCAUCCGCUUAGCUUAGCUUAGCUUAGCUUAACACAAAAACUGGAAACAGCAGCAAUCAGAGAGUUUGAAGGUGAUAAAAUCUACACAUCAGCCUCUCUAAAUGCACCAAUUAAAACAUUAAAUUUAGUUAUUCAUCCUGAAUGAAGAGCAGAGUGUAAAAUAAUUGGCUAGAUUUUCAUUUAUUGGUCUAUUUCUUGAUGUCGGAUGCAGCUACUUCCUGGAGCAGAACCAGGUAGCUGUUUUAAUCUGUUUCCAGUCUUUAUGCUAAGCUAAGCUAAGCUAAGCUGCUCCUCCUCUGGCUGGUUUUAAUCUAAAAUGCAUUUCCCAAAAUGUCACACGACUCAGUAUUUAUUUUACAUCUCGUUUUGUUGCAGCACAUCGUUGUCUGUGUGCUGAAUCGUUUUUACAGAAUUUCUAAAGUUUUAACUCCUUAACAUUUACGCUUCUCUUCACGUGCGCUCCAGACACGAUAAACCCAAAUAUAUGAGAGAAAAACUAACGUGCACAUUCUUAUACAGUUUAAGGGAGUUUAGCUGCUGUUUUAUUCGUAUCUUAAAGUGGUUUACAUGAUGCACAGUUUGCCAAAUGUGAUUCAGAAGGAUCCUUCCUAAAUACAGCAGCAGGUCUGAGUGUUCAGGAGUUAAAACUGAUUUUAUGUUUAAUGCAACAGAAAAAGCAAAUCACACUUUAAAGGAGCGCUCUGCCAGUUUAGCUAAACUUUUCCAGCUAAUAUUAACAUCUCAGUAUUCUCAAUAUCACAUCUUAUUUCAAGAAAUCUUACCAAGCCAUUUUUCACUUGUUCUAUUGGCAGAUUUUUUCACUUAUUUCAAGGUAAAAGUUCCUUGAAAUAAGUUUUUUUUCUUGUUUUGAGAGGGGUCAAGUCAAGAAAUCUGACCAUUUUUUCCUGAGAUCCUUUCCUCCCUUUUCUACAUUUUAAUGUAUGUUUUUUUCUAAAAGCACAAAUUUUAAUCCUAAACCAUAUUAAACCCAACGAGAUCACCACUGUUGCUGCUUCUCAUGAGCUCUGGAAAGCUAAAUUUGGCGGAGUGCCCCUUUAAUUUGUCUGAAAAUCUUGGUUUGGUACCUUAAAGGCCACAUUCAUGCAUACAUACAGUGUGUCGGUGUGUCCGUUUGGUCGCACAUACCUCAACACCACAACAACAACACUACAGUGCCUCUUCAUGUACAGACUCACUGCCCUGCUCAUCUGAUGAUGCAGUCAUUUCUAUCUUUCUAACCCUUUUUAUUGGCGUGUCCAUCGUGUAUGUUGUCUCCGUCAUGCUUUAGAGCUUCAGUAGAUCAAGCCUUAAACUUUCCCGACAUGCCUCAGUGUUUUCAUGUCCAUUACCAAAGUGCUAUGACACACUGCCUUUAGCGACGGUGCUAAAAAAAAGCCCUGAUAGACGACUAGAGGGUGGCAGUGAGAUGUUAGUGUUUACUGGUCCACCAGACUCUUUACCUCCCAUCGCAUUUAGAGAUCUCAGGCGUUUUAGAAACCUCCAUGUUCGUUCUUCUUUUUGCUUUUUGUUGGUUUUUAUCGCUGCCUGUUGUACUUGUAGAUGUUUCUGGAAGGAAUACAAAUGGAAAUAUCUAAUGUGUGGUAAAAUAACAAGGGAACCGCUGUUGAAUGAGAAAAGUUUGCACAAUAUAUAGAAAAAGGGAACUUCUAAAGGAGGGAUGCUUUUAAGUAUUAUUUUUAUAUCGUCCUUUGUUUUAUUGCACAAACGACCUGACCCAUAACUGUAAUUUUCAAUUUUAAGGGACGUCCUGCUCUGUUCAGUUUUCUUGUCAUACAAACGAUAAACGUUGAUACGGACACUUUUUUAAAGCUAAAAACGGAGAGUACUAUUUUGACAGUGUCCUACAGUUUCUACAGUGUUUGUCCUGCAAAUAAAAAGGUGUCAAAUGUUGUCAGUUUCUCAAUAAAAGAUGGGUUUGAACAUCUGG